AUGCUCAGCGUCGGUCGAGAAACCUUUCCGAAUGCACACCGCACGCUUGAGCUCGACUUAUUCUACGUUCGCAUCAUGAAGACCCUCGCGCUCGCCAGUCUUAUCUUCUCGUUAGCGGCUUCAUCGGCCCGGGCUGCAUCGUACACCGAAGCCCUCCUCGCACUACACAAGUCCCUCGUCGAGGUCGACUCAACCUCCAAUGCCGAAGCGCCCGGAACGGAGGUGCUGAAGACAUACCUCGAGAACAACUUCACCGUCGAAUUGCAGACUGUCACUGCUGGCCGCCAGAACGUCUACGCCUACUCUGGCAGCUCCCGCGAGGCUCGCGUUUUGCUCACGUCGCAUUACGACACUGUGCCGCCGUACAUCCCGUACUCUCGCAAUGGCGACGAGAUCCGGGGCCGCGGAACGUCCGAUGCGAAGGGCAGCAUCGCCGCUCAGGUCACCGCCGUGGAAGAUCUUCUCGCUAGCGGUGAGAUCAGCGAAGGAGAUGUCUCUCUCCUGUUUGUAGUCGGAGAGGAGGUCGGCGGCGACGGGAUGAAGGCGGCCAACAACCUCAACCUAACCUGGGAGGCCGUUGUGUUUGGCGAACCGACGGAAAACCAGCUUGUGCGGGCCCAUAAGGGUGUCCUCGGACUCAACGUCACGGCUUCUGGGAUUGCUGGGCAUUCUGGGUACCCCGAGCAAGGUCGCAAUGCCAUUGAUCUUCUUGUGCGUUCAUUAGGGGCAAUCAUCGGCGCCGAGUUGCCGUCGUCCGAGGAAUUUGGCAACACAACCUUGAACGUCGGUGUAAUUGAAGGUGGUAUUGCCAGUAACGUUAUCCCGGAGAAUGCGACUGCGAGAGCGUCUAUUCGGGUUGCCGUCGAUGACAUUGAUAGCAUCAAGGAUGUGAUCAGCAAGGCAGCGUAUGCCGCUACGCCGGAGCAUGUUAGUCUCUCUUUCAACACAGGCGGGAAGCCCGUCAGCCUGGACUAUGAUGUCGAAGGUUUCAACACAACCAUUGCGAACUACUACACGGACGUUCCGUAUCUUGAAGGCGAUCAUAAGAAAUACCUGUAUGGUCCCGGCACCAUUCUUGUUGCGCAUUCGAAUGAUGAGCGAAUCACUCUCGGUCGGUGCAGCUCAGUCAGCUCAGCUCACAGCACGCAGGAGCUCACCCCGGCUGCCUCACAGCUCUGCCUCACCAGCGCGAAGUACAAGUUGGGCAUAGCACGCACGCAAGCCCCUUUCGCUGCGACAUCACCCGCCAGACCACCACCGACCGUCCUUACCACAUUCCCUUCUCUUCCGACUGCAGCCAUGUCUCCCAUCCCUGACGUCGUCUUCGAGAAGAUCGACAAGUACGUCGACUCGCUCGCGCCCCAGAUCCAACCCCGCAUCACCUCCGAGCUUGGGAUUUUCCAGAACAAGACCAUCGAUAGCCUUGAAGAUCAAGUCAUUGAUGCCUUCCGCUCGCUCUUCAACAAGGACAAGGAUCCCAGCGGCGCCCGGAGCCUGAAUGACUCGCCUCCGGACUCCUACGGUGGCCAGUCCCUGCCCUUCGCCGACGAGAUCGCGAAGCUCACCCAGAGCUUCAGCAAGAUUACCGAUGGCGCCGGAGAUGAUCUGAGGGAAAUCUUCGACUUGACUGAAGGCCGCGGGGGAGGAGGUGGUGAGACCCAGUCUCGUGGCAUCGACCACACCGAUUCGUUCUCUCGCGGUGCAAAGGGCUUCCUGUCAGCUGCCAUCAACGCGGUGCAAGACCACAUUGGAGACGACAGGCAGGGCGGCGGCAACAAAUUUGAGCUCGACGGACUUCUGGGAGUGCUAAGCAACACGGUCAAGGAUGCCGCGCGCAACCCCGAGGAGAAGGCCCGCCUCAUCAGCCCCGAGAUCAAGGAGAAGGUCGGCGCGAAGCUGAGGGACCAGCAUGCGCCCAUCGCCGAGCAGUUCACCCGCAUCGCACUGGACCACAUCAAGCGCUGGCUUCGCGGCAACACGAGCACGCGAGACCUCGGCGACGGUAUGAAGGGUGAAGUUGAGGACCAAGUGAAGGAUCUGGUCAAGGGCAUCGGUGGUUUGUUCGGUAAGAAGCACUCCUCCGGCGAGGGUGCCUCCCGAGGCCUCGGUGACCGCGACGGCGAGGAGGGAGGAAGCGGAAGUGGUUUCUCCAGGGUCAUUAGCGACAAGCUGAGCACCGGUCUGGCCAAGGUUCACAGAGAGGUCCGUCUGGAGUUCCGCAACAUCCUCGGAGGCAUCGAGAAGCAGCUCUUUGAGCUCCUGCCCGACCAGUUCCAGCGGCCAUUGGAGAAGAUCCUUGGCGGCAACCCCUUCGACUCACAGCUCGACCGUGAGGCUGGAGGCUCGACAGACCGUGGCUUUGGAGACGACAUCAAGGUGAAGCUGGUCAGCAAGAUCCGCGGUCUCAUCCGCAAAGUUCAGGAGACGCUGCGUGAGAGCAUUCUGGGCGUCGUCAACGGAGGUCACCGCAAGUUCGAGCGCGAGAGCUGGGUGUUCGUGCAGAACAUGGUCGAGACCAAGGUGCAGAAGUAUCUUCCUAAUGUGAAGAUCAACGUGCCGGAUGACAUCGGAAACGAGGGUGUCAGCGUCGGAUCCCCGAACGUGCAGCUUGGCGGCGGCAACCAGCCGGUUCCUCCUGCGCAGGGCAACUACCCUCCUCCUCCCUCGCACCACGAGUCGGGUGGCCAGCAACAGGGGUACAACCCCGGCAACUACCAGCAGCAGCAACACCAAGAAUACCGGCCCGACCAGUACCAACAGCAGCAGCAUCAGGAGUAUCGCCCUGACCAGUACCAGCAGCACCAGGGAUACCAAUCCGAGCAGCACCACUCCGAUCAGCAGAGCUACGGAGGUCAGAGUCAGGGACAUGGAGGAAACCAGGGCUACUAUGGCGGCAACCAAGGAUACGACCAGAACCAAGGCCAUGGCCAAAACCCAGAUUACGGACAGAACCCUCGAUACUAG